AUGGAUCAACUCGCUGAGAACGCGGGCACCCCAGCUCCGGAGGGUUCAUCUGAUGGCCCACGUCGCCCGGUGAAAAACUCGAAGCAGAAGAUAGGGCACGAAAUUUUGGUGAUAUCAUCGGAUGAAGAAGCCUUGGGAACUGAACACCUUGAUGAGGAGGAUGUCGUCACCCCAGCUCUUCGAGGUUCUUCCAUUCAACGACCUCACCCGAUCAUGAACCCAAAGAAGAGGAAGGCGACGGAGAUGGCGCACGAUUCUUGCGAAAUCUCCUUGGAUGGGGAAGUCAUGGACACUGACCGCCUCGAUGGCUUGCGUGUCGACCUUUUGCGCGAAUUCAAAUUCCAGAAGCGCAAUCAGGGGGCAGAGACCUUCGGGAAACUGAAGACCGAUGACUUGGAGGAAGCUGAUACUAUCCAAUCCACCGGUAUAGAAGGGUCUUGCACCAUGGAAUUCGACAAAGUCUCUGCACCAUCACGUUCAACCUCACCGAUGCCCACGCCGUCCGAGGCGGCUACGGAUUCUAGCCUGCGGCGGUCCCGCCGAAAAUGA